CGCAGGACAGACCCUCGGGCCGCGCUUGGAGGGACCGUGCCACCGGGGCCCCGAGCAAGCUGGACGCAGCGCGAUGCGCGCCGCGUGGGAGGCGCUGGCGGCGCUGGCCGCGGUGGCCUGCGUGUGCCUGGCGGGCUCUGCGCGCGGGGGGCCGGGGCUCAGCCUCUUCGCGGGCCAAGCCGGGCACCAGCCGGACCCCUGCACGGACGAGCACGGCCACCCUCGCCGCUGCAUCCCCGACUUCGUCAACGCCGCCUUUGGCCAGGACGUGCGGGUGUCCAGCACCUGUGGCCGGCCCCCCUCGAGGUACUGCGUGACCAGCGAGCGCAUGGAGGAGCGUGUGCGCACCUGCCACCUGUGCAACGCGUCGGACCCCAAAAAAGCGCACCCCGCGGCCUUCCUGACGGACCUCAACAACCCGCACAACCUGACCUGUUGGCAGUCGGAGACCUACCCGCAGUUCCCGCAGAAUGUCACCCUCACUUUAUCUCUGGGGAAGAAAUUCGAGGUCACCUACGUGAGCCUCCAAUUCUGCUCCCCGCGCCCCGAGUCCAUGGCCAUCUAUAAGUCCAUGGACUACGGGCGCACCUGGGUGCCCUUCCAGUUCUACUCCACGCAGUGCCGCAAGAUGUACAACCGUCCACACCGCGCGCCCAUCACCAAGCAGAACGAGCAGGAGGCGGUGUGCACCGACUCGCACACCGACCCUCGCCCCCUCGCCGGCGGCCUCAUCGCCUUCAGCACCCUGGAUGGGAGACCCUCGGCCCACGACUUCGACAAUUCCCCCGUGCUGCAGGACUGGGUCACGGCCACCGACAUCCGCGUGGCUUUCAGCCGCCUGCACACUUUCGGGGAUGAGAACCAAGACGACUCGGAUCUGGCGCGCGAUUCCUACUUUUACGCAGUGUCCGACCUGCAGGUGGGUGGUCGCUGCAAGUGCAACGGACACGCGGCCCGCUGCGUGCGUGACCGCGACGGAGACAGCCUGGUGUGCGACUGUAGGCACAGCACGGCCGGCCCCGAGUGUGACCGCUGCAAGCCUUUCCACUAUGACCGGCCCUGGCAGCGCGCAACGGCCCGCGAAGCCAACGAGUGCGUGGCCUGUAAUUGUAACCUGCACGCCAGGCGCUGUCGCUUCAACAUGGAACUUUACAAAUUGUCGGGGCGCAAGAGUGGGGGUGUCUGCCUCAACUGCCGCCAUAAUACUGCUGGUCGCCACUGCCACUACUGCAAAGAGGGCUACUACAGGGACCUGGGCAAGCCCAUCGCUCACCGGAAGGCUUGUAAAGCCUGUGAUUGCCAUCCCGUGGGUGCUGCUGGCAAAACCUGCAACCAGACCACAGGCCAAUGUCCCUGCAAGGAUGGCGUGACAGGCAUCACCUGCAACCGUUGUGCCAAGGGCUACCAGCAGAGCCGUUCUCCCAUCGCACCCUGCAUAAAGAUUCCAGUUGCACCACUGACCACUGUGGCUAGCAGCAUGGAGGAGCCUGAAGACUGUGAUUCUUACUGCAAAGCCUCGAAAGGGAAGCUGAAGAUUAACAUGAAAAAGUACUGCAAGAAGGACUACGCGGUCCAGAUCCACAUCCUGAAGGCGGACAAGGCUGGGGACUGGUGGAAGUUUACCGUGAACAUCAUCUCUGUGUAUAAGCAGGGCACGAGUCGCAUCCGCCGUGGGGACCAGAGCCUUUGGAUUCGCUCUCGGGACAUCGCUUGCAAGUGUCCCAAAAUCAAGCCCCUCAAGAAGUACCUGUUGCUGGGCCAUGCGGAGGACUCACCUGACCAAAGUGGUAUCGUGGCUGACAAGAGCAGCCUGGUGAUCCAGUGGCGGGACACCUGGGCCCGAAGGCUGCGCAAGUUCCAGCAGAGGGAGAAGAAGGGCAAGUGCAAGAAGGCCUAGCGCCAGGCAGCUGUGGCACCCCAGGGUGGCCCGGGAGGACUGUCCCAGGUGGGGAGGGAUGGGGAUGGGGUCCGGGCAGCUCCCCCUGCAGCCCUACCCAGCCCCACCCUCCUCGUCACCUGCUGGGAGCAGGGCUGUGCCCACCAGGCCCUGGAGAAAUGAGAAUUUAGCUACCUCAUGGGCUCCCUCCAGAGCAGAGACGCACCUCCUGAAGACCCGGAGGGGUCACCGUGGUGGGGGACAGGAUGGGGCACCGACACAUGACCCCCUAAUCCCCACCCCGGCUAGUCACUGGUGAUGGCGAAGGUGGCCGUGAGAACUGGGAAUUCUCAAGGCUCACAGCCAGGGGCGGGUGGUGAUUGAGUCUGGCCAAACCAGGACCCCAAACAUGAAUGACUCAAACCCUCACCUUUCCCCCUGACUCUUCUUUGGCUGUAACAACUGGGGUCCUACUGAUGGUGCCUGGCAGGCCUUUUGGGGUGAGGGUGGUAGCAUGCCCAAUGUUCCUCCUGCAGCCUUUACUCCCCACUGCCACCUGCUGAGUUGAACCCCUUGGGUGGGGUCUUGGGUGGGUGAUUAUAGUCUGUGGAGCCAGAGGCGAGGAAACCUCUGUGAGUGCCUGCUCCCUACCCAUUAGGAGAGUGGGGAUUG